AUGGUCAUCAUCGCCGUUCCACCACCAGGGGACGACAUUGUCGACGUCCUCCCCGAAUCCAAUGCUGUAGAGAAUACCACCGAGACACUACCAGACAAUAGAAAGCUCACCGUCAGCUUGCCCAGCCUUGACCAUGACCACGGUUAUAGCCGCCCUGGCUCGAUCACCGUCGCGCACGGAAACACCAAGGAUGCCUUGACCCUGACCCUCAACCGCACUAUCCGCGUUCCGGACAACCAGGAUAUCAAUGCACUACCGCCAUCCUGCGGCCAAUUCCCGCUCUACCGCGUUCGCGACUACGCACGCAACCUCCCUGACAACAUGGUGCAGAAGGGCGGGCUUUUCUUCCCCAUGUACCAGCGCGAGGCCAUGUGGAUUGCCUUCCACGCCAGCCACCCUUUUGCCAUCAAGAUCUACGUCGGGGGUGUCAAUGCCGUCUCGGGCUUCCCAAUGACAGAAAACGAUAAGACCCGCCAGAAGCGCGCUCGCAUGUUGCGCGCCUCGAAACAGAUCCAGGACUACAUGGUUGUCCCUGGGCAGCCCUGGCUCGAUGGCAUCGUCUCCGAGGACGGCAAGAUUCGUCAGUUUGUCGCCCAGCCCAAGGGCUCCGGUUUUGCCGUUGAAGCCCAGGUGACCGGCGAGGAAAAGGUCGGCGGCAUUCAGAUCGAAAUAAUCCCCGCCAAGCGCAACACCCCUACCCAGUUCGACGUUCGCUACGAGGACCGCGAGCAACGGGUCGUCACACGCAUCUUCAAGCUAGCCGACCGCGGCAUUACCGCCGAGAGCACGUGGGAAGACGUCAAAAAGAUCAUCCGCGAUGAGUUUGACAUUGCGCUGAACGACCAAGUCCUCUCUGACCACAACGAAAGUGGCGCCUCGGCUUUUGGAUCUCGCCACGCCUCCAUUAGUUUCGACAACGACGUCAAGCUUGGCGAUGUCUACUUCCCGCCCAACUUUUCAACUUUGUCUGUGAAAAAUCGGCCACCUCCAGCGCGCCGGGAUUUCCCUGUCGCCAGGACAGCACCCUUCCAAAGUUUCAGUGCCGCUCUUUCCCCUCCCGGUGCCGCUCACGCUUUCAUGGCAGACAUGCAGUAUGACUCUAGUGAGAACUUGUCCUUUGGUGCUGCUGAAGGCUCCGCCAUGCUUUUCGGAGGCGGGCCGCCACCGCCACCACCACCAGCUCCCAUGAGCGUACUCAGGAGCGUGCGACACGAACCCGCUCAGCCCAAACCUUCGCCCCAGUCCAAGGCCCAACCCAAGGCUGCCGUGAAGGAGAUGGGAAUCGCCGCAGGUGGCCUCAUUACCCAGACCAUUAACCCAGACGCAUAUCCCGCCGACUCAUGGGAUUCUUCGGCGUCCGUCAUGCUGAACUUGCAAAUUCUCGAUGUGGCGUCUUACUCUGCCGUCACCGGCUUGCCAGCGCCCACCACUCCCGUCAAUGGCGAAGAGUAUGCCCGUCACGGCUAUCCGUACUUUGAGAUAUGGAACGAAGAAAAGACUGGAGUCAUGGGCGACUUUGAUGAGGUCAAGAGUGUGGCGCAGAUGGAGAAAGAGCGCGCCCUCGCCGAGGGCAGGGACGUGCCGCCCGAGGAAAAGAGCGUGCCUGUGCGGAUCGUUAAGAUUGGGAGUCAGCCCCGGUGCUUCAAGACAACCUUUCGCCCGCUCGAGGUGCUGACCAAGGAGCUGGAAGGGUUGGCGAUUGGGCCUCAUGACGACUGCGAUCUGUGA